AUGAACACCCCACGACGGAGUCGAAACCGUGCAGCAUGCCGGCGCUGUCAGAGACGCAAGAUUCGCUGUAAUGGCGAAACUCCGAGUUGUGGGGCUUGCAUCAAGGCCAAUGUGCCAUGUGUAAAUGACGGCAAGCAGGAGGUCAAUCGCACGUACAUUGCAAGCUUGCAGAGGCGUGUCCAAUGGCUCGAGUCUUUAGUCCGCGAGCAUGGGACCGAUGUCUCCUUGGAAGAUGGACCGCCGCUUGACUUUAAUGAAUACCGAAAUGAAGAAUCCGUCGACUUUGAAGAGGGCAGUCAGAAUGUUUUGACCACGACAUCGCCCCGGCAAGAGCAGCCCCUGCCAAUUGAACAUGCACAACGAUCCCCCACACAGUCACGACAGGCACACGAAAUUGGCCUAGUGUCACUUUCCUCUGGCGGGGUGGCACGAUAUAUCGGUCCUUCAAGCGGCUACUUUCUCGCCAAUCUUGUCUUCUCUAGUGCCGGUCGACGAUCAAGACCACAGGGGAAUCGCAGUGGAGACGAGCCAAUAUCGCUGUCCGCAGAGCUAUUCAACAGCCCUGCCCCAUUACCCUCUCGAAAAGAGGAUGCGAUAGAGCUCACGUCUAAGUUUUUUUCUACAUUUCACCUACUGUAUCCAUUCCUUCACGAGCCAUCUCAUAUGCAACGCUUGGAAAAAAUGUACACGGAAGAGUCAGCAGCAAACCCCAAUCCCUUGGGCGCUUUCCAUGUCUACAUGGUGCUUGCAAUAGCUGCUUCGGAUCUCUCGCGACGAUUCAGGCUUCGGUUACCGGCCGAGGGGUACUACACUGCCGCAACUCAAUACUUUGAAAGUGCUUGUGCUGAUGGCUCCCUGGAAAGCCUUCAAAGUCAACUUCUUCUCAUGGUCUAUGCUCUACAUAAUCCUUCUUGUGGAGUUAACAUCUGGAGCUUGCACUAUCAAUGCUUGGGUGCACUGAUUGAUCUCGGUCUCCAGCGUGACGUGCGUACCUCAUCCUCGUUUCACAUCUCAUUUCUGGAGCAAGAGAUGAGAACGCGGAUCUUUUGGGUGGUGUACAGUUUUGACCGAACUUUGGGCACAAUGAUGGGGCGGCCGAUCGGAGUAAGAGAUGAAGCCUGUGAGCUUCGGCUCCCUUCGGAUGUCGCGGAUCCGCACCUUGCUGAUCGUGUUACUGGCGAGCGUUCUCAUGACAAUACACCUUCUCACAUCACAUACUCAAUUCAUUUGUUCAAGUUGGCAAAGCUGAAUUCCGAAAUCAAAUACGUCAUGCAUAGCAUCUGCCGAGAGCCGCCCAAAUACGCCUACCCACCAGUCCCCGAUAUCAAUCAAUGGCAAAAGGACAUGAUCGAUCGGCUGAAACUAUGGCACACACAAAUCCCCCAUGCAGCGACCAUGGUAUCGAUUGCCAAAAUUUGCGAGACAAAAUUUCACGAGAUGAUGAUCUUGGUACUAAGACCAAGUCCUGGAAUUCCCGAUCCAUCGGAAGAAUUAUUGGGACAAUGCUUCCAACAUGCGGUUGAACUACUUCGUGGCUUUGGGGAGCUGUACAAGCAGGAAUCGCUACUCUAUAGCAGACUGAUUGUGCAUUCACUGUUCCUUAGUACAUUGAUCAUGCUUCACUGCCUUUGGCGGCUGCCCCAGGUGGCAUCACAGAUUCAAAUUGACGACCUUGUCGCUGAUACGGGUAUCGCGUUGAACAUUCUCAGCAGUAUUGGGGAAUAUUGGGCCGAGGCUAGGCGAGCAAGAGAUUGCAUCCAUGAGUUAUCGGGCGCUACGAUACAGCGCUUGCUACGGGUUCGUGCCCCGGAGGUAUCGCCUCGUCUAGCUCGAACUCAGCCCGCCACGGGUGUCUCGAGACAUACGAGAUCGUACAGUUCCAACGAAGCACCAAGCUCAGCUUUGCCGGAUCGGGUAGAUUCAGCUAUCGAUGUUGCCCCUUCAACGGAUUCGUUUGCAGACGAGUAUGACUUUGGUCUCGAUGGUUCAAAUUGGUUGAAUGAUUCAAUGCCGGGAGGUUUCAUGGAUUUUUCUGGUGCGCCUGAUUUUGAUAGCAUCAUUCAGCAGUAUCUGGAUCCAAAUGCAGUGAUGUGGAACUAA